UUUGUUUUUUUUUUUCCCGUUUUCUUUGUGUUGGAUUAUCAAAUGACACGUCGUUUCAUACUGUUAUGUUAUUUUCGGGAUUUUGAUGUAUGCUGAUGGUCAAGGAGGCGAUUGUGGCUUUGAAGGAAAGGAGUGGAUCGAGCCAGAUUGCAAUUGCUAAGUUCAUCGAAGAGAAGCAUAAGUCCAACCUCCCCACCAAUUUCAAGAAACUGCUGGUUGUUCAAUUGAAGAAACUUGUUGCUAAUGGCAAGCUAGUUAAGGUCAAGAACUCCUUCAAGCUCCCUCCUAAAUCUUCCGCUAAGGAUGCUGCUUCUGUGAAGAAAGCGGCUCCAGCGAAGCCCAAGGCCGCAGCUAAGCCUAAGCCGGAAAAGGCUGCUAAGGCUGAGGCUGUAAAGUCUCCGGCGAAAAAGGCAGUAAAGAAACCCAAGAGUAUUAUUAAGUCGCCGGUGAAGAAGGCAGUUAGGAAGACCAAGAAGUGAAAGCAGUUUGUGUGGAUAGAAUGACAGGAUUUGUAAAUUGAGGGUUUACUUGGGUUUAUUUGGGUAUAGAAUCGCUUGAUUUUUUUAGGAGAAAUAAUUGCUAUGUAAUUCAACUUCUAUUUGAAAUGGAAUUAUUUGUUUUAGCGUGUA